AUGGAAAAAUUAUGGGUUCUCACAGAAGCUUCAUGUAUCAUGGUAACUUCCAUGACUCCUCAGCUUCAACAGCAGCACAUGAACAUGGGGGCGUAUGAUAUUGUACAACACCUGAGAGAGUUGUUUGAACAACAAUCAAGGACGGUUAGAUAUGAUACCUCUAAAGAAUUGUUCGGGUGCAAGAUGGCAGAGGGAGCACCUGUUGCUCCGCAUGUCUUAAAAAUAAUUGGGCUAAUUGAAAAAUUGGCUGAAUUAGGCUUUAAGAUGGAUCAGGAGCUGAAUGUUGAUUUAGUGCUCCAAUCUCUGCCAGAUUCUUUCUCACAGUUUGUUAUGAACUAUCACAUGAAUAAUCUGCAGCACACUUUGCCUCAAUUAUUGAAUGUGCUGAAAACUGCUGAGAAAGAAAUCAAAAAGGGAAAAGGCUCUACUGGUGUGCUUGUCGUUACUUCCUCUAAGAAGAGGAAGAGGCAAGAAAAGGGAUUUAAGAAAUCCAAAAACAAGCCCACCCAAAAGCCCAAAAAGGCAAAGGCGGACUAG